AUGGCAGUCCAGGCGGCGCUCCUCAGCACGCACCCCUUCGUCCCCUUCGGCUUCGGGGGCUCCCCUGACGGGCUGGGAGGCGCCUUCGGAGCCCUGGACAAGGGUUGCUGUUUCGAGGACGAGGAGACCGGGACACCGGCGGGCGCGCUGCUGGCGGGCGCCGAGGGCGGGGACGUGCGCGAGGCCACCCGCGACCUGCUCAGCUUCAUCGACUCGGCGUCCAGCAACAUCAAGCUGGCGUUGGACAAGCCCGGCAAGUCGAAGCGGAAGGUGAACCACCGCAAGUACCUGCAGAAGCAGAUCAAGCGUUGCAGCGGCCUCAUGGGCGCCGCGCCCCCGGGCCCGCCCUCCCCGGGCGCCGCCGACACGCCCGCCAAGCGGCCGCUCGCAGCCGCCAGCGCCCAGACGGUCCCGGUCCAGGCCCACGGCAAGGCGGCCCCCCGGCGGGAGGCGUCGCAGGCCGCGGCGGCCGCCAGCCUGCAAAGCCGGAGCCUGGCCGCGCUCUUCGACUCGCUGCGCCACGUCCCCGGGGGCGCAGAUCCUGCCGGGGCUGCGGAGGCGGCGACCGCGGCCGGGCUCGUGGGAGCGGGCGCUGGGGGCUUGGGAGGGGACGCGGCCGGCCCCGCAGGGGGUCCGGCCGUCCCCGGCGCCAGGAAGGUCCCGCUGCGGGCUCGCAACCUGCCCCCGUCCUUCUUCACCGAGCCGUCCCGGGCGGGCGGCGGCGGGUGCGGCCCGUCGGGGCCCGGCGUGAGCUUGGGCGACCUGGAGAAGGGUGCCGAGGCCGCGGAGUUCUUCGAGCUGCUGGGGCCCGACUACGGCGCCGGCACCGAGGCGGGCGUCUUGCUCGCCGCGGAACCUCUCGAUGUGUUCCUCACCGGAGCCGCCGUCCUAAGGGGACCCCCGGAUUUGGAGCCCGGCCUCUUUGAGCCGCCACCCGCGAUGGGGGGGAGCCUACUGUACCCCGAGCCCUGGAGCGCCCCGGGCGGCCCCACGACCAAGAAGUCACCCCUGGCUGCCCCCCGUGGUGGCUUGACCUUGAACGAGCCCUUGCGCCCCCUGUACCCAGCCGCCGCGGACUCUCCGGGCGGGGACGACGGGCCCGGCCUUUUGGCCUCUUUCACCCCCUUCUUCUCAGACUGCGCUCUGCCCCCGCCACCCCCGCCCCCGCAGGUGUCCUACGACUACAGCGCGGGCUACAGCCGCACGGCGUACGCCAGCCUUUGGAGACCGGACGGGAUUUGGGAAGGGGCGCCCGGAGAGGAGGGGGCGCACCGGGACUGACUGCGCGGUACCCUUCUCCCCCAGUGGAGACUGCUGUGGAGGCGGCCGCCUCUGGGUCUCUCCCAAGCCUAGAGAACGAUGGGCAAAUGCACGUGGAGUUGAAACGGGAUUUUAAAAAUUCAGUUAAUAAAAGAAACUUAAGAAAAAGAGCUGAAGAGAA